CCAAAACUCGUCUUUUAAGUUUUUAACCUCAACUGUCCAGCGACUACUUAGAAAAGUUUCAAAGCGCAAAAAAUAAAUUUAUAAGAUUGAAAAACUCCUCCAAACAAUGGAAAUCGAUAUUCAACCGUUACAUUAUGGACAUUCCAGUGGUCACACCGAUAUUACCUACUCUACAGACGGAGAACAUUUAAUUUCUGGUGGAGAUGAUGGUGAUAUCCGCAUCUGGAAUGGGUUUGAUGAUGCAGAUCCGUUUCAAACCGCACUGGGCGAAGUUGUAUUAUGCACAAAACAAAAGAAUGAUCACUUGAUUGUGGCUACUGACAACAACAAAGUUCAACUUGUUCAAUUCCCAAGUGGUGAGAGGGAUGGAUUCCUCACAAGAUUCACAGCACAAGUUAAUCAUAUUGCUGUUAGUCCAUCACACAAUUGGGUUGCAAUAGGCUCUGAAGACAUGACAACCCAAGUUGUGAAUCUUGAAUCUAAAGAAGUAAAAAACAUGCCAACAAUGAAAGGGCCAAUUCUAAGCCUUGCAAUUGAUCCUUCACAUUCUUAUAUUGCCAUAGCAUGUGGUGAUAACUCUCUGAAAAUAAUAAACAUUGAAAAUCAAGAUGUGGUCAAAGAAUGGAAUAUUGUAGCUAAAGCUAAUUCAUUUGAAAAUGCGGAAAAUCUAUGUCGAAUUGACUUUGACUCUCAAAAUAAAUACCUUGCUUACCCACAUGACACCAGUGUAAUUUUAAUUACUAUUAAUGAUUGGUCAGAGGCUGCUAAACUAAGUGCAAAUGAAGUUGAUGCAAACUUUUCAAUUGUUACUUUUUCGCCUAGUGGAAGUUAUAUUGCUGCAAGUUCAACCGCCGGAGACAUUUGCAUAUGGAAUAUUGAAACAUUAACUCUCACAGGACGAGUAAAACACCCCAAUGAUACUAUUAUCACCGCUUUAUGCUGGAACCCAAAAGAAAACGGCGAGUUGGCAUUCAGUGAUGCAGAGGGAUAUAUUGGCCUAGCCAUUAAUUGUUGCACCACUUCUACAACUAAUAAAAAAGUAUCAAAACCAUUACCUGAUGAAAUUGAUGAAGAUAAUGAUGUAAUGAGUGAUGCUGAUGGUGAUGAUCCAAUCAACGCUGAAAAAAUGAUCGAUGAUGAAUUUGCAGCUGCGUUUAAUGACGAUGAUGAUGAAGACAAUGAAAAUGCUGUUUCUUUAGAGAAAUUAAAACGCGAUGUGAUGGGUCCUGUUGAUAAUGAACAGGAGGAUAAAGUUUCAGUGCGUUCUGCUUCACCGCGGCCUAGAUCACGCACUCCGGAACCACCUUUACAGGAGAGUUUCAUGCCGUCGUCCACACCAGAGCAUUUAGAUCCGAGAUACAUGUGCUGGAAUGAAAUCGGCGUGAUUAGAUGCUAUGGGUCCAAUUUGGAAGAUGAAGAAGAGGGUUCCAGAUCCAUUGAGGUGGAGUUUCAUGAUUCAGCUAUGCAUAAUAGUAUGAUGAUGGCAAAUUAUAAUGGUUACACGAUGGGGUCGAUUAGUUCGGCGGCACUUGCAGUUGCAAACGCAAGUACUAUAAAUAUUGUUCCUCUGGGUUCAUCCACCAAACAAUGGACCCUCAACGCGCCGGGAGAAGACAUUGAGAUUGUCUCCCUUGCAGCUUCUCACAAUCUCAUCUGUUUCGGUACUAACAAAUACCAAAUCCACGUUUGUACCAUUUACGGCGUGCAGAAAGCAGUUUUUUCCGUGCCGGGACCAAUAAUCUGCACGUCUGCUUGUGGAUAUGUUCUGAUGGUUGCUUAUCAUGCUGGCAAUUGGCGUAAAACUGACCAGAACGUUGAAGUUCUUCUGGUAAACCUCGAAGGAGCUUCUAUUGAGUGCCGCCAUCUUAAGUCUGCCAUUGGUCCAGAUGCCACUUUACAGUGGUUGGGAUUUACUGAUGUGGGCACACCAGCCAUGAUGGACUCAGCUGGAAUCAUCAGCUUGCAUCCGCUACAGAGUAAUAUUUGGCUGCCAUUUUGUAACACGAAGAAACAUAUGAAGAGUCCAUUGGACGGUUUCUUUGUUACCGCGAUUAAUGAAAGCUCACAGGCGGUCAGAGGUGUCAAAUGCAAAGGUAGUUUGUAUCCACAUCUGACACCGGUGCCGACUUUGAGUGAAUUAACUAUGGAGCCGCCAUUUUGGAAUAUGGACACUGAGAAGCAUCAGUUGGAGGCGAAUUUGUGCACGUGGGGGAUGCUACAAGUAGAAAACACCUCCAAAAAGUUGAAGGAGACUGCACUUAAAGCUUUUGCACUGUCUGCAAAGAAUAAUUUCGAUCAACGCGCUCUAGAAUUGAUGGAAACACUACAAAACCCAGCCAUAUUGAAUUUAGCGCUGAAAUACGUCAAUAAAUUAGGCAAAAAAAGACUUUCUGAAAAACUUAUCGAGUUAGCUACGAAAUUAAACGUUGAUGAGGAUGAUCUAGACCAAACCGAAGUCUCCACACCGUCAAAUGUGAUCAAACCCAGGCAGAAAUUGGUAUUAACAAGCACUGGGAAAGUUUUAAACAAAAGUAAAUUGCUUUCGACACCUACAAGUUCACCUGCUGUUAAUGCCAAUACUCCAAACACGCCCACUCAAGAAUCACUUGCAACUCCCCUCAGCUUAAUAUCACAACAAGACAUUGCAAUUUUGGGCGAUGAACCGAAAAAUCCGUUUCUCAAAAGUCUUAAAAAGACAAAACCGGAAGCUUACAAUCCGUUAAGUCUCACCGAUAAAUUCGCAGGAUAUUCCGAUGCUAAGGAGAAGGAAAACAAGACUGAAGGAUCAACUGAAAAGAGGAAGUUGUCGGAUACUUCCCCAGUUGAUAAAUCAAAGGAAAAACAACGCAAAUUGGAUAAAUUCAUGUUCAAACGCACUUAAUUGAUAUUUAAAACUGUCACCGCAUUUAAAGCUUUUAUGUGUAUCACUACUUUUAUCUAAUUAUCUAGUUUUGUUAUUUUUACUAUUUAAUUAUUGAGUUAUUCUAUUAUUACUACUACUUGCGCGGAUCUGAGUAAAUGCCUUUGGCAAACAUUGCUUGCCACUCUGUUCCACAAGGAUACUCGUACUUGAUCAGAGUGUCCUUCGUGAAUGUAGUGCCGUAGCCAGGAAACUUUAUAUUCAAAUAUAUUAAUUAUUUAUGCAUAAGAA